AUGGCGUCUGCCGGAAGCUUUGUGCACGGCACAGGGGCGAGCGAGGAAAGGGUGCGGCAGAGCAAGGAGGAGCAAGACAUCGCUGAUUUUAUGUCUUCUAUCGACGACACUGCUUCCGGCGGGAGCACUACUACUAGCGUUCUCCGGGGAGGAAGAAGCUCUGUCGGGAAGGGAGGGGAUAUUUUCCUCGGGUCGCUCUCACCUCCCGCGCUACAACAGGUCACGGGCACCAGUGCUGCGGGCGAGCUCUUGGCGGACGACGGGAAGGCGAUAGCGGAUGCGUUCCCGGCAGAUUGGCUGAAUGACUUUGAAGGGAUAGGGCUGGGCGUACAGGGUAAGACUGAUUCCUCCGCAGCAUCUGCCACCGCAACAGCACAACCAAUCCAUAGCUCACCACAGGGCCAGCAGCCGCAGCAGCAACAACAACAGCAGCAGGACGAAGACGACCAGCAGCAGCACCGGGAUGCAACGAUACAGAACAACGAGACCGGGGAAGUCCUGGGCGAGGAACCCCAGAUUCUAGACAACGUCGAUGAAGGAUACGGCAGCGGUGCUGCAGCCGCUGGCAUGUUGAUGUCGGCGGGCGGGCGCAUGGUAUCGUGGGCCGCGAACACUCCUGCCUCUCUUGUUGAUGCUGCAACCGGUGCAUUCCGUGGAGAUGCCCAUCAUGCCGUAAGCAGGAACGCAGGAGGUGACCUCGGCAACGGUAGCGCGGCUGCUGCGUCGACUGAUGCGGAUGAACUGCCGUUGGACUGGCAAGGCACGCUGGACAUGGUCGGCAUGGCGGAGGCAGAGACAGAUACCAAAGGCACUUCCGCACUCGCAGUAGCACCGGUUUCGGAGCUGCCAAGCCUGCCCCCACCUGCCGCAAGAGAGGGUGGCUUUCCAGACUUCGUUGAGAUCCGCGACCCGCGUAACGUGUCGCAGUUUCCCAAGCCGGACAACGCGCUCGUCGCCAAGGCGGCGGCCGGGGGAGGGGGCGACGGCCAGGCGGGGCAGGGCGCUGGAGAAAGCGGUGAGCACGCUGCCGCCGCCGGGCAGGAGCGCGGGCAAAGACACGUGCUCCCGGCGCCUCUGCGAACCGUCGAGGUCUACCUCCGGCCGGACGUGACCUGGGAGUCUGUGUCCGACGUGUACAUGGGGGUGAUGCUGUCCAGGGGGCUGGUGGUGAGGCAUCAGACCGAGAAGAUGGUUACAGCGGAGAAGUCGGCAGACGCGCCGGGUGACUGGGCUACUGUAAAGCUAACUGUGGGCGUAACUCGGGAUAAGCUCAGGACUCUGGUGAUUCAGUUCUACGCGGAUACAAGAAAGCAGGCGCCCAUCCUGAGCCUUGCGGGAACGAUAGCACGCUUCUCUGGGCGCACCGGCGACGACCUCUACACGGCGAUUCGAAACGUGCUCGUGGAGAGGCAGAUGCCCCUGAGCUUCCUUGCCACGGACGCGGAAGAGGUGUCGUUGGACCCUCACUACGUGCGUGACCUCGUCGGCAUGUACGCACACGAGAACGUCGUGAACCUGACUCGCUACGCGCUUCCCCUCGAGGAGUUCGUGAGACAAGAGGAGGAGCGGCUUGCGAGGCUUGAGGCCACCUUGCUGCCUCAGUAUCGCGCGUGCGGCCUAGCGCCUCCUCGACCGACCCGCUCGAAACCGCUAUCGGCGUACCCUCUGACGACGCGACGGCCGCCUGUGUCGGCUUGCGGGGUAGAGGAGGCGCGGGAGGUGAUGGAGCGAGCGAGAGAACACGUCCGCGGCGGCGGCGAUUCUUUUCCUCCCCAGAAGGGGGUCGACGUGGACGAUGAAAACGUCUUCGCAAGUGGUGGUGGUGGCGGCGGUGGCGGUGGUGGUGAGGGGGACGAAGGUAGGGGUGCAAAGGUGGGCUCUGGCUCGUCGGUGGCGGAGGGCAUUCGGUCGUUGAUUCGGGCGACCUGGGAGGACGUUAAGGAAUGGUGCGACGAGGAGGCGGAGGCGAGGGUGCGACGAAAGGACGCGCAGGUUCGAGAUCGCCUCCUAGCGGUUGAAGGUCACCGCGAGGCGCUGAUCGCGGCACUGCGGGACGGCGCCGGCGGCUCGGCUGCAAGCAGCACCCCGGCGGGGCGUGAGUUCGCGGCCCGCUUCCGCCCGAUGGCGAAGGAGGCCGUGCUGUGCCAGUGCAAGGCGGUCCACGCGAAGCGCGUCGGGCAGCUCUACCUCACGUGCAACCACGUCUGUUUUCACUCGAGCGUUCUCGGAUUCACGUCCCAGAGAGUCUUGCCACUGCUCACGGUGGCAACCAUCUCUCACGCAUCGUCCGUGCUGGGCAUGGACUUGCUGACUCUGGUCGACCGCGGGGGGCAGGAGCACUCGUUCGGCAUAACGGCGGUGGAGGCAGGCUUUCCAGAGCGCUUUCACGACUUGCUGAAGCAGUGCCUCGUCCUGUGCAAGGCGGACGCGUCUCGGCGAGCCGCGCAGAGGGAAGGCGCCGCCGCGAGCGAGCGCGAGCCGGACGAGGAGCAAAUCCUGGCCCGGGUGCAGCGCCUCGCCAAGGCGAAACAGCUCCGGGAGGCCAGGGAGGCUGCCUCCGCCGCCGCUUCGCGCGCUACCGCCACCACGCCCGCCGCCGCCGCCGCCGCCGAUAUGGCUCCGCCUGCCGCGUCUCCUCACUCUCGACCGGGAUACCCUCGCCCGGAGGAGAGCGAGUUUGCCGAACGAGAUACGGGCGCUAGUGUUGGAGGGGGGGUGGUAGAAGGCGGCGCCGGCGGGGCGAUGGGGGCGGGUGGGGGAUCCGCGGAGGCGGAAGCGGGCAAUGAAGGGAGCAGCGGGGGUCAGGAUGAAGGGGCCGGUCGGGGCGCGCGCGGAGGCGGUGGCAGGUCUGGGUCGAUGAUGGCCAUGGGGAUACAGGCGUUUCUAGAGGAGUCUCAAAAGAGAUCGUGA